AUGGAGACGCAGUGGAUCCACACGCUUGCAGCUGCCUCAGCCUCCCCUCCUUCGUCCUCUCUUCUACGGCAGACUGGUCCGACUCAGACGAGUCUAAGGCGUAAAACAUCGACCACACGCAGGCGGGAACGAACACGCUGGAGAGACCGCGGAAACACACCUGUCCAUCGUUUGUAUCCUUUUCUUAUCAGCCUUACAGCACUUGCGGCCGCUCUUGUGUUUCUGAAGCACUUCUACACUACUUGCGUCAUCGGGUCAAGAGCGCCUCUUCGCUCAUCCACUCUCACUACCUUCACAUUUCCUCCUUCAUUCCCCUCUUCACCAUCCAUUCCGUCUUCACCUUUGCCUCUGCAGCUCUCUUCUGGAUCUGCGUCGACGGGACCACUGCACCGCAGGCUCGCAGAGACUCCCUGGCGCGACACGCAACAUGGAGCGCCUACGAUAUGUCAGACCGACGAUGACAGGGGCGGAGAAAACAGCAGCGAUCGACAGGGGCACAGUGAGAGUGCAGAAACUCAGACAAGGGGGCAGGGAGGAGGAACUGGAGAAGAAGGUUCUUCGAACUCGAGGCGCCGAAGACGCCGCCCUGUGCACGAAGCAGGAGAAGACGAGAGGAAGGAUGGGGACACGAUUGGAACGACCCAUGGAGAUGCAUCACCCACGGAAAGUGAGCUUGCUCCCAGUUCGAAACGCAAGAGACACACAUUUCAGGACGAAGAGGUCGAAGACGAGAUUGACACAGACCCGCUUCUAGGAGAGGAAGCAGCGAUUCUGUCGUUCGAGAGUGAAAAUUUGGGUUUGGCGGCUCCCGAAAGGAACCCGUGUAACGGGCUAAGCGAACUGGAGCUGGAGUCUCUCCUUUUCCAACAGCAUCUUAUACCUAAACACGGAGAAAUUCUCGCCUUUUUCUCAUUCAGCACGAAACUAUACCGCAGUCUGAAGUCGGACAUAAGAAGGAGAAUACGUAUUGCAGUCGGACCUAAAGGGAAGACGGGCAGCGUUGGCACGCUGUUACGCAAGCUCGCGGUAGCUAUAUUUCUAUCUCGCCAAUUUGAGUGGAUACAAAGCUCCCUACCACCCCAUAUCAGGCAUUAUGUCGAAACGAAAGACCAAAAAGCCCACGCUGCGCUGAAGCAGACUAUUCGAGAGGUUCUUUUUGAUUUGCUUGGGAACACGAGAGAAGACUGCCUACACGCGGUUCAAGUGGAGCUUCUUCGCACAGCACUGGCGGCGUCGCGUGGAGCUUAUGUGGAGGAUACACACUGGCACAGGGACAUCACUUUGCGUGAUCUUGACGAAGACGAUUACACCGAGAUGUUGAAGACGCACGCUAAUGGUGAGGCAACGCUGUCGGAAGCGCUUAGAAGAAGCGCACGCGCGUGGACACAGGAGAAAUUUAUCGGAAAUGAGGCAGUCCCCCACCGUGAGAAUAUAGUCAACCAUAUGACGUGGAAAAGGGAACGGCUGGGAGCUUAUGAGCCCUUGCAGAAAAGAACAUGUGCUGGUUAUAUUUGUGUGAAAUCAGAGGAAUGCUUGGUACUGUCCUCGACCAUGGUGCACGCGGAUGUCAGACUUGGAACGUCACCGAAUGUGGCUUUAGCAGUCGGCGGGAAUGCUUCUAUCUAUGGCAUACACCACCUUUAUUGGCCCAAGUGUAGAUGUUUCCACGUUUUUGUACGUCCAGUUGACAAGCAAACAGACCAGAGACUCAUUCGUGUGUCCAUCUAUUCGUCUGACAAAGCCCCUUCAUCUUCAGUUAUACCUAUCAGUCUCGUGUUAUAG